GAAUAUUAUGUGAAAGAAAUUCGGCUGCCAAGUCCAGAGCGAUGCCGCAGAAGAUCGGAAUCAUUGGACCUUCCAAUUGAGCGAGGCGUGUCAUUUGGUCAGCGUUUGCUUUUCGAGAUGCAAGCAGAUCAACGACCCCAACAUGUACCUGGAGAUUUGUUGGUGACGCUGCAGAUGAAGAGACACCGCGUCUUCAAGAAGGUUGGAGCAGAUUUGGUGGUACAUCUUCGAAUAUCUUUGCUAGAAGCCCUUUUGGGCUUUGAUCGGGAGAUCCAGCACUUGGAUGGACACCUGGUUCGUAUUUUUGUCCGUCGUGGCACAGUAGUGCAGCCAGACGAGGUCCUUAUCAUUGAGGGCGAGGACAUGCCAAUGCACGAGGACCUUUCGAGUUAUGGCCGUUUGCUGGUGCGCUUCACAGUGGAUUUUCCGGACCAUGUUCCAUCAACAGCAGCAGGGCCAUUGGAAAGUGCACUGAAAACGUUGCAGUGAGCCCUGCAGAGCAAGCAGCAUCAUGCAGUCAGAGCAUCUUCUGUUCUACAGUACCUGGCGAUACUGCGUGACAUUGCCCUCUUGCGUUCGAAAGAUGCUUGCCUUCAUUUGCUUGGCAGAUCUUGGCAGUGCUUCACAGGAUGUGGCCAACUUCCAACGCUGUAGAAGACAUCGCGGAUAUUGGAAAUAUUUGUGGAUUGAAUGUCACAAGACUACUGCCUGAUGUGACUCAAUCGAAAGAUUUGAAGAGGUACAUUUGGUGCUCUACUUCAUCACGUUGAUACAUAGUGCCCAUAUGUGCCCAUUGCAACAGGAUGCAAUUUGGAUAGGCAAGUAUGACUCAGCGCACAAAUACCCAUGCACCGGCUUCAAAGGCUGGAAUUCUGAUUUGGCAUGGAGAACAUUGGAGAACCCUUGCAAGACCAAACUUCACGUACAAGACGUACUGGCUGUAGACAAGAAA